UUCAGCCAUGAGAGCUUAUGCUCAAAGUGAACAAUAUCAUACCAUUGUGGAGAGUCGUGUUCAUCUAACAUGUCCAUCCAAUAUCCUCCGAUUUCAACCUGGAGAAGCUUUCGCGGUGCGUAACGUAGCAAACAUCGUUCCACCAUGGGAGAAUGGACCAACUGAAACCAAUGCAGGCCUUGAAUUUGCAAUGAACCCAUUAAAAGUUGAGAACAUUUUAGUCCUUGGCCACAGUAGCUGUGCUGGAAUUCAGGGCCUUAUGAGCAUGGAAGAUGAUGCUAUCAACUCGAGGUUCCACUUUCUUCAACUCCCUUGUAUCUUAUAUGUAACAAUCCAAGUCCACCGCUAGCAGAUAUUGUCUUAUUUGGAUUUUUCCUUUCGGAUUUUCCCUCAAG